GUAGACAUCGUCCCACGUGGGACAUCGGACCCAACCAACAACCUAUGACAUCAUGUCUUGUUUCUUCUUCAUCCCCCUGUUCCCUCUAUUAUAUAAUUUCCACUCUGCUAGUUCUUGGUGGAAAAAGUCUAAACUCAGUACCAAUAUUUGUUUCAUUUCAUGAACAUGGAUGACUCUUCUGCUUCAUACAUCCAUAUGGUGCAUCAUCUGAUAGAAGAGUGUUUGAUAUUCAACAUGAGCAAAGAAGAGUGCAUGGAAGCUUUGUCUAAGCAUGCAAGUGUUAAACCAGUCAUUACUUCAACAGUUUGGAAUGAGUUGGAAAAAGAGAAUAAGGAGUUCUUUGAGGCUUACACAAGAAACAGAGACCAAAGAGCUACAGACAUGGAGAAAAGGGGAAGGAUCCAGUUCAGGGUUAAUGCAUACAUGAGGGAGAAAGGAAAUAAGGACUAAUUUAAUGCAUGAUCUAUUAGCUCAAAAUCAAGAUUUAGACUUGUUUAAGUAGUUCUUGAUCCAUAGUUGUAGAGUUUGUAUAAGCAAUAGCCUCCAUAGCAGAGGUGGUCCAAAAUUUUAGUUCCUACCUGGUGUUGAGCCAACGGAAUCUAAGGUAAAACCCUCACCGCUCGCUGUCAGGUCAGCUUUGUUAGAACUUGCCUUUAGUAAAAAAAAAAGAACAAAGUGUAUAUAUUGUAAUAAAAUUCAUUACAUUUGCAAA